AUGGCUGUCCUGGGCCUAGUGCUACUAGUAGCACUGCUCACCUUUUUCCUAGGAGUCUUAGUCUGGGUUGUCUGUGAGCACUUUCUCACUGCAGAUAUCCCCUCUGAUGUGCAACAUCCUGCCAAGUUGAGAUUUCUGCAUUGUAUGUUCCUGUAUGUGACAACAUUGGGGAAUAUAUUUGAGAAGCUCGGAAUCUGCUCCAUGCCCAAAUUUUCCUGUUUUGUACAUGACAUACUACAGAGAGCAAAGGAGAACCCGAAAGUUAUAGUGACCAAACUGCAUUUUGGGACGAUCCCCGUGAGGCUGUUCCAGCCCAAGGCAGAGUCCUCCAGCCCUCGGCGAGGCAUCAUCUUCUACCAUGGAGGGGCUGCACUAUUCGGGAGCCUGGAUUGUUACCACAACGUAUGCAGUUUUCUGGCCCAGAAGACGGACUCUGUGCUGCUGUUGGUUGGGUACCGCAAGCUUCCUGAUUACCACUUCCCUGUCGCUUCCCUUGACUGUCUGGCUGCUACCAUUCACUUCCUGAAAGCUCUAAAAUCCUACGGAGUGGAUCCCUCCCGGGUUGUGGCCUGUGGAGAAAGCAUUGGAGGAGCGGUUUUGGCCUCCAUCACUCAGACUCUGGUGGGCAGAUCAGAUCUUCCCCGGAUCCGGGCUCAGGUCCUGAUUUACCCAGUUAUCCAGGUGGUCAACUUGCAGUUACCAUCCUUUCAGCAGAAUAAAAAUGUCCCAUUUCUCGACUCCAAGUUAAUGAAGCUUUGCAUUUGUAAAUACCUGGCUAUCAACUCCUCCUGGUGGGAUGCCAUCUUGAAUGGUGCUUUCAUACCUCUGGAUACCUGGAAUAAGUACAGCAAGUGGCUCAGCCCUGAAAACAUCCCUAAAAGAUUCAAGAAAAAAGGUUACCAGCAGCCCAAGUUCCCCAGCCCUUUUAAUGAGGCUGCCUACCUAGAAACUGGACAUAUUUUAGAUGUAUCAAUUUCACCCCUGCUGGCUGAGGAUGAGACCAUUGCCCAACUACCUGAGGCUUUCUUGGUGAGUUGUGAGAAUGACCUGCUCCGUGACCACACCCUGCUCUAUAAGAAGCGCUUGGAGGACCAAGGGGUCCCUGUGACAUGGUACCAUGUGAAGGAUGGCAUUCAUGGAAGCUUAGUCUUAUUCAAAGAUAACAUUUUCACACUGCCAUGCUUCUCAAAUAUUGUGAAUGGUGUAAUCAGUUUUAUAAAUGGUAUAUGA